GCAGUGCACGAGGCAAAAGACGUGGUUGCUGGUGACCUGGUGCUUGGCUGUGAUGCGCGGCGAAGUCAAGGUACUCACCAGAUAGGCGCGUUGUGUUGCGACGAAGACGCGGGUGCAGUUUGUAUGGGAGGAUUUUGUAUGGGAGAAUUUGUAUGGGAGAGGGAGAAGGGGAGCGAGUCUGUAUGGGGGGAGGGCCAAGCAGCCUUUUUACUAUGGGCGAGUGAUUGUGAGUGCGGGCUGCGGAGGGACGCGCGCACGCGCCGAACGGCCUAA